GUUUGACUCUCCAUCCCGCCUCUCUCCAUCCCGAUCGGUGUGCGAAAUAUGGCGUCUGUAAGCAACGGGAAUACUCCGCUACCGGAAGAGGUCGGCAAGCCGCCUGAGGGCGUGGUCUUGCCACCCAAGGAUAUUCGAGCUAUCGUCGAGAAGACGGCCGGCUAUGUCGCUCGAAACGGCGUCGUCUUCGAAGAUCGUGUUCGCGAAAAGGAACGCAACAACCCGAAAUUCUCCUUCCUGAACGCCAAUGACGCGUACGCACCGUUCUACCAAUGGCGUCUGGACGAGAUCAAGGAAGGCCGAGGAACAGCCGUGUCUGCAGGGCGAGCGGGCGACCCCAACGCCUCUGCUGAGCCGGAAAAGACCAAGGGCCCCGAGGAGCCCGAAGAGUUCCACUUCUCCGCGCGGAUGCCCAUAAUCAACGCCAAGGAUCUGGAAGUCGUCAAGCUCACGGCCCUCUUUGUCGCCAAGCGUGGAAAGUCGUUCAUGACGGCGCUCUCCCAGCGCGAAACCAGGAACUUCCAAUUCGACUUCCUGCGGCCCCAACACAGUCUGUACCACUUCUUCACGCGGCUCAUCGACCAAUACACCAUCCUGCUCCGCGCCGAAGGCCUCGACGCCGCGACGAUGGAAAAGAAACGAAUCGCCGACCUCGAACGCAACGUGCAAUACAAAUACCACAUCCUCGAACGCGCCAAGAAGCGCGCCGAAUGGGUCAAAUUCCAGGAGCAGCAGAAGCAGCAGAAGGAAGAAGAGGAGGAGCAGGAGCGGAUCGAGUACGCGCAAAUCGACUGGCAUGACUUCGUCGUGGUCGAGACCGUCCUCUUCACCGAUGCAGACGACCAAGUCGACCUCCCUCCCCCGACCUCCCUCAACGACCUCCAAUCCGCCUCCCUCGAACAAAAAGCCGCCAUGUCUCUCAACCCCCUCCGCAUCGAAGAAGCCAUGCCCACCGAAGACGAAGCCCCAACCUACUACAACGCCUACCCAACACAAUUCGAACCCGAACCCGCCCCCGUCCCCGUCAUCCCAACCGGCCCCGCCUAUCCCCCGCAAGGCUACGCCCCUCAACCCAUGCCCACGCCCAACCCCAUCCCCGUCCCCCCCGCCUUCGCAACCCCCGCCGCGCUCGAAGAGGAACAACGGAUCCGCGAACGGAUGGAGGCGCGCGACCGCGCCGCCGCCGUGCAAGCCUCCGCGAAAGCCAUCCCCGGCCAACAACCCAUGCGCAUCCGCUCCGACUACGUUCCCCGCGCACAAGCCCGUCGCGGCAACGCCCCCAGCGCCGCCACGGCCCUCUGUCCCAACUGCCAUCUGCAGAUCCCCGUCGACGAGCUGGACCAGCACAUGCGCAUCGAGCUGCUCGACCCCCGCUGGAAAGAGCAGCGCGCCAAAGCCGACUCCCGCAGCGCCACGACCAACCUCUCCACCAUCGACGUCGUCAACAACCUCAAGCGGCUGGCCAGCCAACGAAGCGACGUCUUCGACGCCAAUGCCCCCGGCGGACCCGCCGGAACCAUGGACCCCGAAGAAGAAUCCCGCCGAAAGAAAAUGGCCUUUGAAGCUGCCUCUGGCGCCGGGCCCGACGUCGUGCCCCCCCCUCCCGUUGGUCCGGCUGGCGGUCCGCCCAAUCCUCAAAGUAUGAAUAUCGAGGAGCAGAUUAGACGCAUUCAUGAGCGACAGGCAAUGACCCGGAAGUGAUUCCAUCUACAUCAAGCAUGUUCUUUGUUUUUUUUAAAGUUGGCUUUAACUCCAUCGGGUAUUGCUGGGUUUUUGGACCGUGUUAUAUGUUACGGAGGCGUUUUCUUUUCUUUUCAUUUCUUCUGUCGUCGGAGUACGCGCUGUAUACUUGAUUUGAUUGACAAGUAGCUCUUCUUUGAGGCGAGACGUGGUGUCUCUGCUUUCUUUGUAAAAUCUUGAUAUACUUCUUUCUC